AUGCUGCGUCAGUAUGUUCGCCGGUUUCGUCAGGGACUGGUCCGCAAGUGGCCACUGGAGGCCCGGGAGGAGUCUGAGAGUCACAGAGCUCCUCUGAGCACCUUGGACCUGGUGAUCUUGGGUGUGUGCAGGACUCUGGGAGCCGGCGUGUACGUCCUAACUGGUGUCAUGACCCUGCUCAUAGCUGGACCAGCGAUCGUCAUCUCCUUUUUGGUGGUCGCCCUGUCUUCAGUGUUGUCUGGACUCUGCUAUGCCGAAUUUUGGUCCUAUGUACCACCCUCCGGUUCUGUGUAUCUUUACAGCGUCGUUGCCAUGGGAAAACUGUGUGCCUUCCUCAUUGGCUGGAACGUCUUGCUGUAUUUAAUGGCUGCCGCUUCCUGCUUGACCAGGGCUUGGAGCUAUGCCUUUGACAGCCUCAUUGGGAACCACAUCUCUCAGGCAUUAGAGAGAACUUUCUCUCCACACAUGCCCUCUUUCCUGGCCCCGUACCCAGACUUCAUUGCCCUGGGCCUGGUACUGCUGAUGACUGGACUACUGGUUCUGGGAGCUCGUGUGACAACCCUGAUUAUCAAAGUGUCCACAGGCUUGAACCUUUUUGUUCCCAUCUUCAUGAUCCUCUCGGGCUUCAUUAAGGGAGACCUGCACAACUGGCAGCUCACAGAACAGGACUACAGAUCAAAUACAUCCAGAUCCAGCAGCACCUUUAGCUUGGGCCCUCUGGGUUCUGGAGGGUUUGUGCCCUUUGGCUUUGAAGGGAUUCUCCAAGGAGCAGCUAUACUUUUCACCUCCUAUUUUGGUGUUCAUGGCAUGGUCACUGCAGGGAAGGAAGCCCCAAAUCCUCAGCGUUCCAUCCCCUUGAGCAUGGUGAUCUCCAUCUUCAUUGGCUUUCUGGCGUACUCUGGAGUUUCAGCGACACUCACCCUCAUGGUGCCCUACUACCAGAUUUACCCUUACAGCCCCUUACCACAGGCUUUCCUCCAGGUCGGAUGGGACCCGGCUGCAUAUGUCAUGGCUGCUGUCUUCCUGUGUACCCUUUUAUACAGCUUCCUAUGCGCCAUGGUCUCCAUGUUUCAGUUGACCUGCACAAUGGCAGCUGAAGGGCUCCUUUUCCGAGUUCUUGCCCAGAUCCACUCCCGUACUGGCACCCCCGUCAUGGCCAUCUUGGCUUCCGGAACUCUUACAGGGUUCACAGCAUCACUCCUAGGGAUCCUUGAUCUGGUGAAACUCAUGUCAGCCGGUGUCCUGCCUGCUUACACUCUUGUGGCGGUUUCUGUCCUUGUCCUCAGGUACCAACCAGACCAGAAUUUAAGCAAGAAGCAGAAAACAGAGAAGGGAAAUGAGACUUCUGAUCUUGAAGCAAGUCCUUCAGAACCUGUACCUGAAGCAGGACCCUUAAGGAUUCUAAAGAGUCUGUGGUUCCCUACCAGCACCACUCCCACCAAGAUAUCUGGGCAGAUUGUCUAUGGAUGUGCCUCUCUGCUUGUUCUCCUGCUGUCCAUCCUGAGCCUGAUCCUGGCCCAGUGGCCCAGCCAGGUGUUCUCUGGAGACCCCGUGCUCACAACAGUGGUGGUGCUGCUGCUGCUGCUCAUCACUGGGGUCACGGUCAUCAUGUGGAGGCAGCCCCAGAGCCCCUCUCCUCUUCUGUUCAGGAUCCCUGCUCUGCCUGUCCUGCCACUGGUGAGCAUCUUUGUGAACAUUUACUUGAUGAUGCAGAUAACCUCUGAGACCUGGAUCUUAUUUGGCAUCUGGAUGGCAAUUGGAUCUGUCAUAUACUUAGGAUAUGGGAUCCGACACAGCCUGGCAGGGAACAAUCAUCAACAGCCACCAGCCUCCACCCCCCCAGACUCUGGAUUAAAACAUCCGCAGUGCUGAUUCUGCCUAACCCAAGGAAAUUGAUGCUAUGUGGACUCCCUCCGUUCCCUGGAGGUAUCUUCUGGUUUAAGAGGCACUUUGAGCUUCUGUGGAAUGUGAACAUGUGUUGCAUUUAUUGCCCUGUUUUUAUUGCCAUUGGAUGUUGUAUAUUUUUAAAGCAAACUUUUUAAAGCAUAAUAGACAUACUUAAAAGUGCAUGCUUUCUAAGUGUGCAGCAAAACGACUUUUCACAACAAAAUUACCACAGUGUAGCCAGUAACCAGAGGAAGAAAUAAAAUAUUAACCAGACAUGUGAGAAACAACUUCUUGUGACUCUUCCCAGCAAGAACACAGAGACUGCCAUUUAGGAAGGAAACACAGGUAACUACGUAUUUUGUCAAGACUUACACUUUAAACAUUACAACACAAACAGACUGGAAGUAAAUGUGCAAAUAGUCACACAAGAAAGUCAGGGUAGCUAUAUUACUAUCCAAGUAGACUUUGAGAAAAAGAGAAUUAAUACAAAUAAAGUGAAUUAUUUCACCAUGAAAAGAGAAAUGAUUAUAUUUCUAUUUUCUCCCAGCUUUACUGAGACAGUGUAACAUUGUGUAAAUGAUUGUUUUUCAUUAACUUUCUAUCUCAGACUCUUAGAGUAACUCAGUUGAGCUGAUGAAGAGAAGUUCUUAAUUAAAAAAAAAAACAACCAAACCAAAACUCCUACAUUGCCAGAGGUGGGGAAAUGGGGUCAUAGGUAAUUGCUGGCUGAUAAAUGGUUACUGAUGGGUGUAACUAAAAGGUAAGAAGUUAAAAGUAUAACUAAAAGAGAAUUUUUAGUGUAAGAAAAAGUUAGUAACUUUUAGUGUAAUGGAAAAAAAGAGUGCAACCAAAGUGUAACUAAAAGGUAAGAAGUUAUCUUGGAGAGACAAGACAAAAAGAUGUUGCUACAGAACAGAAUGCUCAAAAUCGAGAUUAUGGACAUUCAAGAAGCUGAUAAGAAUGAAAUAGAGGAUUGUUUGUGGGAAUGAACAACUGAAGUAGAGUGAAGGGAGGAUAGAUGUCAAGAAACCAAAUACAAGUUAUUAGAUGAAUCUAAGAAUACAUG